CUUUCGAUUCAGCAUGUACGGGACGUGGGGCAACAAGAAGCAGGCGGCCGAGAGCGCUGCGCCGUUCCGCUACUCGGUGACGAAGGGCGACACGCUCAGCAGCAUCGCAGCCAAGACCAACAUGGCCGAGAAGAAGAUCCGCGAGCUCAACCCGAUCGUCUUCAGCGGCAAGAGCAACAACGUGUACCCGGGCCAGGAGCUCAUCGUCGACGAGCCGCUCGCAGUAUCGCUGCCGCCGCCGCCCGAGUUCAUCGACCAAGGCUGGGGCCAGAUGCACGUCGUGCGGUCCGGCGACACGGUCAAGAGCAUCGCGCUCGAGUUCAACACGACCGAGGAGGCGAUCCGCAACGACAACCGCCAAUACUUCCCCAAAGGCGAGCGGGGCAUCAUGUUUCCAGGCCAGAUGCUGCACAUCCGCGUCAUCAACACGAUCCCGGACCCGAACCACGUUGACGCCCACGCCAUCAUGCACGUCGUGACGCAAAGCGACACGUUCGACUCGAUCUGUGCGCAGCACAAGACGACCAAGGCCCGCCUCCUGCUCAAGAACAAGGUCGCGUUCCCGAACGGCAUGAAGCCGCGCCUAGUGCCUGGGCAAGCGCUCGUCGUCGGUCACAACUCGGCUGCAGAAGACCGCAUGCGGCACAUUGGCGAGGUGAAGCUCACCAAGCAGAUCCACGUGGUGCAGGUCGGCGAGACGCCCGAGUCGGUGGCAGCGCACUACGGCAUGACGAUCGACGAGCUGCGCGAGUUCAACCGCGCCUACUUCCCCAAGGGUUACCGCGGCGAAAUCCGGCCCAGUUACAAGCUCGUCGUGAAGCGCGUCGACAACCAAGCGGACGAAGCUGGCCACAACCAAGUGCAGGGCAGCGACGACGACGACGACGAUAACGCUGCUGCCGUGCCCAACACGUACGACACGAUCAUGAGCCCUGUGCGAAAGCCGCGAAAGACCAAGAAGAAGGCGCGGCCGACCAACCAGCAGAGCGACUCGGACUCGGCGUAGACGUGUAUAAUAGACAGAACAUGCAUCUCUAGGGUGCUCCGUCGUG